UUCAAGCCAGGAGUGGAUUUUUCUUACCCAAAAGACAAGUCCAGAGGGUUCCAUCCAGGAUUGCUACAGAGACGGCUGUCAAAUGGUGAAACGAUUCCCAGGAGCUGGCUUUCUUACUCAGUCAAAAACAACGCUGCAUUUUGUUAUUGCUUUAAACUGUUUUCCACACAAAAGCACAAAAUCAUAGGAGAAGGUGUGAAUGACCGGUCCAAUAUCAACGCAAUUCUGACGCAGCAUGAGGGUAGUUCCGAACACAAAAGCAACAUGAUUAAGUGGAGAGAAUUUGAUCUGCGCUUAAGUCGUGGAAAAACUCUUGACCACAUAGAAAUGACAGCUUUGGAGGCUGAAAGAAAGAGAUGGCGAGAUGUCCUUACACGCCUCAUAAGCAUCACACAGUCUCUGGCUGAAAGAAACCUCGCAUUCAGAGGUUCAUCAGAUAAGCUCUUCCAACUAGAUAAUGGAAAUUUUCUAAAAGAGGUUGAAUUAUUAGCUAAAUUUGACCCUGUUUUGGAAAAUCAUGUCAGCAGAAUUAAAGAUGGGGAUACACAUGCUCAUUACCUUAGUAAGGACAUACAGAAUGAGCUGAUACAGCUUGUGAGUGACAGGAUUCUCAAAACUAUUGUGACUCAAGUGAGAGACUCCAAAUACUUCUCCAUUAUCUUAGACUGUACACCUGACAUUAGUCACCAGGAGCAGAUGUCCAUUAUCCUCAGAAGCGUGGCUUUAAAGGGACAGCCAGAGAUAAAGGAGCACUUCCUCGGCUUUGUUAAUGUUGAGGCUACAACUGGCUUAAAUCUGUCUACAGUCAUCUUGGAUAAGCUGACUGAUCUGAAAAUUCCAUUUGACGAUUGCAGAGGGCAAGCCUACGACAAUGGGGCCAAUAUGAAAGGUAGACACCAAGGAGUACAAGCCAGACUGUUGCAAAAGAAUCCGAGAGCUGUGUUUGUCCCAUGUGAUGCCCAGACAACAGCCAGAAGCAUUUGUGAGGAAAUGAAUGUAGAAGCUGUUUUGAAGGACAAGAGGCUGAGAACCAGCAAGAGGCAUUUCAGCUACGAAGCACCUGAUGAGCCAGUGGCUGAUGCACUGCAGAAUCUUGAAGUCAACUUCUUCAACAUUGUGGUUGACUCUACAAUAGCAUCCAUUGAUGAACGAUUCGAAACUCUGAACCAGGUGAAGACUAAAUAUGGAGUAGUGCUGAACUUCAGCACUGCAUGUCAGAUGUCCAGUGACUCCUUGAAGGGCCAGUGUAUGCAACUCGAGAAAACUCUCACCUUCAACCAAGACUGUGACAUCAGUGGAGUGAAUCUGGCAAACGAAAUCAAGACUUUACCUGACCUACCAUCAGUUGCCUCAGCUGAGAGGAGCUUCAGCAAGUUGAAGUUGAUAAAAAGCUAUCUGAGAUCUUCCAUGUCCCAGGAACGACUGAGUGGUUUGGCCAUCAUGAGCAUCAACCAUGAUAGACGCGGAUCGGAAGAGACCCGGAUCCAGGGAGGAGACGCGGAUCCAGAGACGCGGAUCAGGGGAGGAGACGAGGAUCAGGGGAAGAGACGCGGAUCCAGGGGAGACACGGGGCUGCAGGUUCGCCCCGCGGGACAGCGAGUCACGUGCGGUCGCUCCCCCCACGAGUGGCGGUCAGAUCAGGGCGAGCGCCUGAUGGACGAGCUGCUACGGGACAAGAGAACGGGAGGAUGA